UUAGAAGCAGUGCCUUACACGCCCUGCCAUUAAAGGUGAUAAAGUUGUGGUAAAUCAGUCUUUCUUAUGGAUGUGGAUGGGAAACCCUCACAGUACGAUCCUCAAAAAGGCUUAAGCUGCCAAAAAAGAGAGAGCUUGGGGUUAAAAUCUUAAGCAUUUAGCUAUUUACUUGAGCAGCACCACCAGAUACGACCGCCGGCACCAUUCCCAUCAUCUCUUUCCAGUUUCCACAGGUUUCUCAGCAGAGAUGGGUGCAGUUGAUGACGUUGUGAUGGAGGGAGAAAGCGAAAAAGUUACAGUGAGAGAAGAAGAAGAUGAGAAGGUGGAGGAAGAGAAAGAGAAUGGAGAUGUGAAGGAACCCAGUAAAGAACAUAUGGGUUUACAGGAAAACGUGGUUCCAGAUUCAUCUCGGUCUGAAUUUACAGUCUCCAAGCUGCGAACUUUGAACCCGACAAACCCUCUUAGAGUUAUCAUUCAAGGAGUUCGAUCUGCUCGUGUUCAAACUCGUCCCCCUUCACAACCACAUCCUCAUCCUCCUCCUCCUCCUCCUCCUUCGGAGCCCCCUCUUUCAACUCCACGGCAAUCGUUGUCUAAUCUGAAUUCAAGGGCUUACACCAAUCGAAUAUUUCUGGUUCUGUUUCUACUCCACAUGGUAGCUGCAGUUGGGUUACUCUGUUUUCUUGGAUUCAAGGCAGUUCAGGGGCUCUUCGAAAGAGGAAAAACUGACAGACACGAGAAGAGGAUGUUCAAGUACUGGUUUCCCCAAGCUGAAGGCGCAACUGUUCUAGGCAUCAUUCUUGCCUUCUUGUGGCAAAAGGCAGUCAGACACUGGCCCCAUUUCAUGGUUAAUUUCAUACUCUGGGGCACCUUCGCCACUUCCAUGGCUGCAGGAAUUCUCCUCCUCUGCUUCCAGAAGCGUUCCACGGACGGGGUCGGUGUGGUCUUUCUGUUAUUCGCGGUCGGUAAUGGCCUUUAUGCGUGCUGGGUCACACCGAGAACCAAGUUCUGUGCAACAGUUAUCACCAAAUCGCUCGAACCAGCCGCGAAAUUCCCCGAUCUCAGUCGGCCCACUUACUGGAUGCUUGGGAUGUGUUUCAUGUGGAUAUCAAUUUGGGUUUUUGCAGUGGUUGGAGCCCUUAAUUUCUACGUUCCCCCUUUGGUUAUAAUCCUUCUGGUCUUGAGCUUGGCUUGGAUAGCAGAAGUGAUGAGAAAUGUAGCUAAUUUAACUGUGAGUCGGGUUAUCGCCCUUUACUAUCUCAGAGGAAUGCAAUCCAACACCCAAUUCUGCUUCCAGAGAGCCAUGUCAAGGAACCUUGGAAGUGCUUGUCUGGGUUCGUUCUUUGUGCCUGCGAUCGAAGCUAUGAGAAUCGUGGCUCGAGGUCUCAAUUUGCUUGAAGGUGAAGAUGAAUUCAUGUUCUCUUGCGCUCAUUGUUGCCUCAGAGUCAUGGAGACCAUUUUCAGAUACGGCAAUGGCUGGGCCUUUGUUCAGAUAGCUGCAUAUGGGAAGGGAUUUGUGAGGGCAUCAGAGGAUACAUGGGCACAAUUUGUAAGAGAAGGAAUGGCUGCCAUAGUCGAUUCCGAUAUAACCAGCGCGAUAUGCUUCUUGACCGGAGUUUGCAGUGGCUCCAUCUGUGUCCUUGUCACUGCUUCAUGGUCGUGGAUGGUUUACAAGAGCUACACGGCCACUGUGUCACUCCUUGCAUUCUUCAUUGGAUACCUCUUGACUCGGAUUGGAAUGGCAUUACCACAUGCUUGUGUUAGCUGUUACUAUGUGUGUUAUGCAGAGAACCCAGUGAACAGGUUAUUUGAUAGAACAAUUCCUGACCGGCUCGACAUGAUUAAAUCCGGCAAAGCUUACACUGUACCGACCCCCCGGGUCCCUGUUCCCCGGCGAUUCACAGUGUAGGGCCUAACAAGUUUGAAGCUUGAAGAAUUCCAGGGUACAAAACUGUAUGUGUUCAUCAGCUUGAGGAAUGGUUUUGAGCUAAAGAAUGGAGAGUACAGCAUUUUGGUCGGACCAAUUUGCAUCGGGCCAGAGCUUGAACCGGACCAGGCUGAUUCAGGAUGGAUCCACAAAGGUGGGAUGAUGACAUGAUGAUGUUGACUUUGACUAUUCAGCCUUCGUUCUUUAUUGUAUUUAUUUUAAAAGGAGAGGAAAUGGAGAGAGAAGGAGGAGGUGGGUGGUCUGUUUAGCUUCCCAUGUACAUGUGUAAUGUCCCAUAGCUUUGGCAUCCUUUUGGGAUAUUCGUUUUGUAUUGUAACUUCUUUUUUGUUUAAUGAAAAUUUUGUAUUAU